AUGACAAUUUUGAAGAUGAUUAAGGCAUAUAUAGCUGACGAACAAGAUGAAUGGGAUUUAUAUCUCGGUUGUCUCGCAGGCGCAUACAGAUGUACACCAUGCAAAUCUACCAAACUGACGCCUAACCUACUAAGUUUAGGCCGAGAAAUUAAGCUUCCAGCGGAUCUGUUAUUUGGUUAUGCUGUAAACUCUACAGAUGUGCCAUCAUACUGUGAGUAUGUGAAAGAAAUCCGAGCCAAAGUGAUGCAUGCUUACAAGAUUGCAAGGCAAUAUCUCCUGUCAAAUGCGAGGCGGAGUAAAAUCCUCUAUGAUACAAACAUUUCAUACCACAACUACAAUGCUGGGGAUGUCAUAUGGUACCUCCAUGAGUCAAGAAAAGUAGGAGUUACGCCAAAGCUGAAAAAGAAAUUUGAUGGACCUUUCGUAGUUAAAGAAAAAAUGUCAAAUGUGAAUUUUGUGAUACAGAUGAACAGAGAAGGCCAAGAGAAACUGGUACAUCAUGACAAGUUGAAACCGUAUUUUGGUACAAAUAUCCCUAGAUGGAUUCAGAAGAUCAGCAAGAACAUCAAGAAGCAGCAGUCUCAGAAGUCAGUAAAGUAA